CCCCGGUGAUGCAUUGUGCAGACCGUGUUACCCUCUGGAGAGUCUUGCAGUUGAGGGCGGUGCAGUUACCGUACCAGGCCGUGAUACAGACAGACAAGAUGCUCUCGAUUGUGUAUCUGUAAAAAUUUGUGAGUGUUUUAGGUGACAAGACUAAUUUCUUCAGCCUCCUGACCUCACCUCCCCCCUGUAGACCGUCUCGUCGUUGUUGGUAAUCAGGCCUACAACUGUAGUGUCGUCUGCAAACUUGAAUAUUUGAGUUGGAAGCUUGCAUGUCCACGCAGUUAUGGGUGAACAGGGAGUACAGGAGAGGGCUGAGAACGCAUCCUUGUGGGGCCCCAGUGUUGAGGAUCAGCAGGGUGGAGAUUUUGUUUCCUACCUUCACCACCUGGGGGCGGCCCAUCAGAAAGUCCAGGACUCAGGAUGUUAAACUUUUAAUGACUUUCUUGUUUGUCCAAUUCAUACCCUUAUCGUACUGUUUGUACCUUUAUUAUGUUGAUAUCCUACUUUGUUUGUUGUUUUUACGGUUAUUUCUAUAGACUGAUGUUGCAAGUGCAGGUCCCACAUUGUUCAAUGUCCUAAAUGUUGGAAGAUUGUUAUUGGGAUACAGUAUAGAAAUAACAAACAGACAUGCUGUGUUGUUUCUUAAAUAAAUUGUAUUGUUUUAUUACUUUACAGAACAACAUCUCUCGCUCAAUAGAUUUGGAUUUUUUUCCCUAUCCCCUGCUAAACUGUAGCCUACUUUUCCUUCCUGGCAGCUACAAAACCCAAAUGUAGUAUGUAUGUUGUCAUGGUGAAAACGUGUUUCUUGUUUUCGAUACAAUAGAUAUCCUAGUACUUAUUUCAGUCCCAUGGGAUGGGAAUAUUGAUGGAUGGAUGCUUCAAAAGCGGCUAGUGAUAUUUAAACAGUGAAUCCAUGCUGGCUCAGAGAGCUGUUACAUAACUGCUGUCAGUAGUACUCAACACAGUGGGGGUUGAGAAAGGGCUCAGGGCUGCUCGUCACCGCCAGUCUGGCAGUCCUGGCUCUGGGUGAGAUGCUUACAAAGUACCAGAGGACAGAUGGCUGGCUACCGUGGCUAUAUACUAUCACUGGCAGGGAGGGAGCGUUCCUGGAACACAGAGCUGCUACAAUAGAUUGUAAAUGUGAUGCUGAUUUUUGCAGCGUGAAAAGGCCCAUAUAUUAUAGCAAGGAGGGGAGGAAUGGAUACAUGCAGUGAAGAACUGUCUUUCAACCCACCUUUAGAAUAUGUGGGAGAAGGGACUUGCAUGACUGGAUGGUCAAAGAAUACUGCAUUGAUUAAGGGGGAAUGAACCAGCAACCCUACCUCCUGUGUAAUAAGGGCCCAGACAUCAUGUUAGAAGCUGUAGUUUUCAGGUCUCUCCAGAGAUGUUUGAUUGGGUUAAAGUGGGGGUUCUGCCAUGGCCACUCAAGGACAUUCAGAGACUUGUCCCAAAACCACUCCUGCGUUGGCUUAGGGUCGUUGUCCUUUUGGAAGGGGUCGAUGUUUUCAAAUGGAGGAAGAGUAGUCGGCAUAAAUCAAAGAUUGACAGAUUACUUGUGUACAUAGCUAGGACUGAAGGUAUGCAAAUUAUGAAAGACACAGUAGCUACCCCAACAUUGAACCAGUAUCUGGGCCGAGGAGGAGACGAUGAGAAUAUGACCUACUCCAGUGCUAGCCUCUCUACACUGGCUUCCUGUUAAGGCAAGUGCUGAUUUAAAGGUUUUACUGCUAACCUACAAAGCAUUACAUGGACUUGCUCCUACCUAUAUUUCCGAUUUGGUCCUGCUGUACAUACCUACACGUACGCUACGAUCACAAGACACAGGCCUCCUUAUUGUCCUUACAAUUUCUAAGCAAGCAGCUGGAGGCAGGACUUUCUCCUAUAGAGCUCCAUUUUUAUGGAAUAGUCUGCCUAUCCAUAUCAGAGACGCAGACUCGGUCUCGACCUUUAAGUCUUUAUUGAAGACUCAUCACUUCAGAAGGUCCUAUGAUUGAGUGUAGUCUGGCCCAGGGGUGUGAAGGUGAAUGGAAAGGCACUGGAGCGAUGAACCGCCCUUGCUGUCUCUGCCUGGCCGGUUCCCCUCUCCACUGGGAUUCUCUCCCUCUAACCCUAUUACGGGGGCUGAGUCACUGGCUUACUGGUGCUCCUCCAUGCCACCCCUAGGAGGGGUGCGUCACUUGAGUGGGUUGAGUCACUGAUGUGAUCUUCCUGUCUGGGUUGGCGCCCCCCUUCGGGUUUGUGCCUUGGGGGAGAUCUUCGUGGGCUAUACUCUGCCUUGUCUCAGGGUAGUAAGUUGGUGGUUUGAAGAUAUCCCUCUAGUGGUGUGGGGGCUGUGCUUUGGCAAAGUGGGUGGGGUUAUAUCCUGCCUGGUUGGCCCUGUCCAGCGGUAUCGUCGGACGGGGCCACAGCAUCUCCAGACCCCUCCUGUCUCAGCCUCCAGUAUUUAUGCUGCAAUAGUUUGUGUCAGGGGGCUAGGGUUAGUCUGUUAUAUCUGGAGUAUUUCUCUUGUCUUACCCGGUGUCCUGUGAAUUUAAGUAUGCUCCCUUUAAUUAUCUUUCUUUCUCUCUGAGGACCUGAGCCCUAGGACCAUGCCUCAGGACAACCUGGCUUUACUCAUUGCUGUCCCCAGUCCACCUGGCCGUGCUGCUGCUCCAGUUUCAACUGUUAUGCCUGCGGCUAUGGAACCCUGAUCUGUUCACCGGACGUGCUACCUUGUCCCGGACCUUCUGUUUUCGAAGACAGCACCUGCUGUCUCUAACUGAAUGAUCGGCUAUGAAAAGCUAACUGACAUUUACUCCUGAGGUGCUGACCUGUUGCACCCUCUACAUCCACAUUAUUGUUUUACCCUGCUGGUCAUCUACGAACGUUUUGACAUCUUGGCCAUGUUCUGUUAUAAUCUCCACCCGGCACAGCCAGAAGAGGACUGACCACCCCUCAGAGGAUGGUUCCUCUCUAGGUUUCUUCCUAGGUUCCUGCCUUUCUAGGGAGUUUUUCCUAGCCACCGGGCUUCUACAUCUGCAUUGCUUGCUGUUUGGGGUUUUCGGCUGGGUUUCUGUACAGCACUUUGUGACAUCGGCGGAUGUCAAAAUAGCUUUAUAAAUACAUUUGAUUUAUUGAUGACCUAUUCAAUGUCUCCCCCUCUGCCCCAAACACACAGAACAGGAGAAAAACAUAAUGACAUUUAUUACUAUAAGAAAUUACAGUUAAUUAUUCAAAACGACUAUCAUUCCAUGCUCACCAAUCAGUGAAUGCAGUGAGCCAAAGAUAUUGAAUUCCUCGAUACAGUUACUGUACUUUGGUACUCAUUCACGAAAGUCACUCAUUGGACGAACGGCGUUCGUUGCCUUUUCCGGUCUUCUCCCAGCAGCGGCAGUUACGUGCGUACCAUUUUCUCCUACUGUUGUCGAAGAAACUCAGCUAGCAAGAUAGAUCUACAAAGUAAGGUUUUGUGGGCCAUAAUCUGGUGCUAGGUUAUUGUAGAAUAUAGUUUACCGCAAUUAUUGACGGUUUCAAACCCUGCUUUAAUGGCGUUAUCGUCAGAAGCAUCGAUUGUGUAAGCUAGCUAGCGUUAGCAGAUAGCGGCUAAUUUCCCGCAUUUGUGGAUCGACAGCCUGGGAUCCUCGCAUUAUGGCCAACAACACUGUAGCCGGGAAUCAGCAACAAGGACAGGCUGUGAACAAGAUUGGCCCUAACCCUGGAAAACAUGGCAACAACUUGCCUCUCUGGGGCAACGAAAAGACUAUGAACUUGAACCCUAUGGUCCUCACCAACGUGCUCUCAUCUCCAUAUUUCAAGGUUCAGCUCUAUGAACUGAAAACUUACCAUGAGGUGGUGGAUGAAAUAUAUUUCAAGGUGACUCAUGUUGAGCCCUGGGAGAAAGGCAGCAGGAAGACUGCUGGACAGACUGGAAUGUGCGGAGGGGUGCGUGGAGUCGGGACAGGCGGCAUUGUGUCCACGGCUUUCUGCCUGUUGUAUAAGCUGUUUACCCUCAAGAUGACCCGCAAGCAGGUGAUGGGACUGAUAACUCACAACGACUCGCCCUACAUCAGAGCACUUGGUUUCAUGUACAUAAGAUACACCCAGCCCCCUGCAGACCUGGUGGACUGGUAUGAUGGUUUCCUGGAUGAUGAGGAGGAGCUGGAUGUGAAGGCCGGAGGCGGCUGCGUUAUGACCAUCGGUGAGAUGGUCCGGUCGUUUCUCACCAAGCUGGAGUGGUUCUCCACACUCUUCCCACGCAUCCCGGUGCCUGUGCAGAAGAUGAUUGACACACAGAUGAAGGCAAGGCCCCGGAAGGUUCCUGAGAAGGUGGAGGAACCGGUUGAACCUGUGCCAGAGGAGGGACGGGCGACAGAAGGGCGUAGACGCUCCCGGAGCCCCAGGAGGUCCCCCAAACGGUCGAGGAGCAGGAGCCACCACCGCGAACGAGAGCGCCACGGCCCAAGCUUCGACCGCGAGCUGGAAAGGGAACGUGACCGCCAGAGGAAGGAGAGGGAGGGUAAGGACGGGGACAGGAGAGGAGGGGAGAGGGAGAGAGGGGAGAAAGAGAGGGACAGGGGAGGAGAAAGGGAGAGGCGACGGUCCAGGAGCAGGGAACGCAAGGGAGAGCGGAAAGACAGGGAGAAAGAAAGGGAGGGGGGCGGGGAGAACGACAGAAGCAGGAGGAAAGACAGGGGCAGUGACAGAGGGAGGGAGAGGUCCAAGGACAAGAGGAGCAAGGGAGAGACUGAGGACAGGAGACACAAAGAAGAGCGGGAUGAGAGGAGGGGGCACAGGGAGGAGAGGAAGGCCAAGCGCUCCAGUCGGAGCGGAAGCAGGGAAAGGAGACACAAGGAGAAGUCCAAGAAGAGAGAAGUCCAAGAAGAGAGUGGAAGCAAGAUGGGGGAGAAGGAGAAAACAGGAAAACGCAGCCGCAGCAAAGAGCGGAGCCGGAGCAAAGAGCGGGCACGGCCACGAGAGCCCAGCAAUGGGAAAGACCACGGGAAACACCGAGAGCGCAGGAGGAGCCAGAGCAUGGAUAGAGGAGAGAGGACGACACAGAGCGCUAGGGCAGAGUCCCCUUAGCUCGUCACAGCUCUUCUCUGCCUUUCUCUCUUCAUUCAUUUGUUUUACUUGUUCGUGUAGUCUGCCACGUAUUAUUAAAAAGAGAAGAAAAAAACAUUAGCACGAGAAUCUACCUGGACUUGUCUUUGGCCAACGUAAUGUUACUUUAUGUAGAUCUUUCUAUCUCUCUGCCUUUCUCCUCCCUUUCUAGACCAGCGUGACUUUUCAGUCGAGACAGUUGUAUUAGAAAUAAAAAAUGCCAUUUUAAGUUUCAUAUGGUUUUGUCUCUGGAAAGUUCCAAAUUGCUUUGUACAUCCGGGUCUGAGAAUGUUUUAAAUCCGACAGAGCAAACCUCCGGAGGUGAAUUUGUACCAUGCACUGAGCCGUACUGAUAUUGUGCUGUGUUUGGUUAAGUGCUCUGUUGCAUUUUGUUUUCUAAUUAAACAACUUUUACAAAAGGA